AUGGCUGUUCGUGCAAGCGCAAAGCAAGUGCAACAGCAGCUAAUAAAGAACUGGUCAACGCUUCACUAUCGCAUUGAAUAUGGCGGAUAUCUGUCGAACCACCUGCUUCAUGGUGUUGUGGCGCUGUUCGACCUCGGUGCUAGUGAAGAAAAGAUUGAGCAUUUUGCAGUGAACUACUCAACGAUGCUGGAGAAAAAAGAGACCAAUUACGAAGAUGUAACGCAGUCCGACGGGCUUGCAAAGGUCUUGCAAGAGUCAAAACUGACGUUUGCAAGUGCACAUGAGUUGCUUGGCAAGCGACAGAACUUUGACGGACUCCUGGCGCUUUAUGCUACUGAAGUGCACGAUUUGGGGAUUGACGGAGCAGUGAAGAAACAUUUGCCCUUUCUAGUCGGUGGUCUGGCUGGAGCGCUUCUUCACUCUAUCAUUCAGCUUGGCUAUUCCUACCACAUUGGCGGGGAGCGUCUUGUGGCGGAAGGGCUGACGUACAUGCACUAUGCCUAUCUGUCAUUCGACGAGCCUCACAAUGUUACUGGCGAGGAACUUUACGAAAAGAAAACGUUGUCGCGUGGAGAGGCGUUGCAACUAGUGCAUUCGCUAAAUGGCAAUGAGUUUUUGCUGGGUGAGAUGCGUCGCAAGCUUCAGACGGAGCCGCUCAUUGAUCUCAAGAUUGGCAAACUCCAGAAGCGCUUGAGUACGAUGUCGGGCGACCCGGAACGAGGGAGCUCAACCGCGUUUCUAUUGAUUUGGAAGACGAUCAACCGAUACGACCUUUCAAAGAUGGACGGGGUGUUUGCGCUUGAUUUGGCCUUGUGGUUGUACAUGAUGAUUGAGCAUAAUGAUUUUGUAAUCCUGCACGCGGUGACAUCGGCGUGGGCUCUGCAGCAGGUUGAGCACUUGCUGGCACCGAAGGAUCGUGAGCGCGCAUGGAAGGUCUGGCUGCAUGUGGCGUUAUCAGCGUUCGUCACGAAUGACAUAAAAGAUGUGCGAUCAUCGGACGUGUGCGAGCACCAUAUGCUCGAGUCGAAACCAUGGGAACAAACCAUUCCGAAAACUUUGAGUCUAGCAGAGCUGGAACGUGAUCUGGUGCAUGCAUACAAGCUUGUGCAAGUCGCUCACAACCACGCCAAGUGUGUCGAGAACGCUUUUCUGACGUCUGAAGAGCGUGACUUGCUUACGCGUCAGAGUGCGCUCAAGGUGAUUACUUGCGACUUUGGUCCGCUAUAA